UGACUUUGACAUUGAGGCUACUGAUAGUGAGACUAGUGUAAAUGCUAUCAAUAAAAAAUAUUAACGCAAAUUAUAGAGCUCAUUUAAACUUAGUGGUUAUGUUACUCUGUGAUUUAAACGUACGUCUCUGCAGAAUAUCUACAGAGUAUUGAAAUUAAUAUUAUUUUUUAUUAAACACAGAAUUAAAAAAUCAAGAUAAAAUAAGAUUAUCAUUGCAAAUGUAUGAUAAAUCCAAAUCCAAUUAAAAAGUAAUCCUGUCUACAGAAGAAUAAGAUACGAUCAGCCUAAUGCACAGCCAAUUCUAGGGUAUUUAUUUAUCUCUAUUUUUUAAUUCAACAAUAGUUUACCUUGAGGAAAACACUUAAUAAACUAAAAGAAUAUGGAUAAAAAAAUGUCUUUAACCGAAAUUUUUGCCAUCUAUAAACGAUGGGUAAUUAACAAUCCAGGCAUAGUAACUGAUGUUGAGACAGUUGCAACAUGGUCAUCCUAUUUUGUUGCGGGCAAAAUUAACAAAUCACCUGUUAUCUCUGAACUUGUGUAUUCAUUAUCUAAAAUACUAUCUUUAUUUAAUGAUAGACUUAUAAGAGAUGCUUAUGGAAAUGAAACACAACAAUAUAGUUUACGGGAGCAAAUUAAAAUAUGGCUUACCAUUAUCCAUUACUGUGAAGUAUUUGUUGAACUUGUGGUUAAAAAUAGGUGGGGUAACAGAGGAAAAUGGACUGCGGCAACAUUGCUUCAGAUAUUCAAAUGCUCAUCAGCCUUAGUCUUAUUAUAUAGGUACAAAGAUAUACCUAUUCAACACCCACCAAUACCAGCGCUACAAAGAAAAAAAUUUACAGAAGGUAACAAUACUGAUGACAAUUCAAAUGCAUUUUUUACUUUAAAAAGAUCAGGCAGAGUAGUCCGACGUGUAGAUGGAGCACCACCAAUUGCAUUGAGAGAUUGGCAGCCCUUAAAGAUUAAGGAUGAAGUGAUAGCAUCAAAUAUAGAAGAGAAAAAUCUUUUAAAAGCAGAAUUAUUGCAUAUUAUGAAACCACUAAUACACUUAUUAUCCAUGAGGAUUUUUGGCACUAAGUCAUGGAAGCAAUGGCUAAUAGCUUUAGGAAUGGAUGUGGCGAGUUUCAGAUUGUAUAGUAGACAUAUGAAAAGUUUAUCCUAUGACCAAAGGUUGGAAAUUAGUCGCAGAAAACUUGGAUUAGUUUUGUAUUUACUGCGAAGUCCAAUGUACAAUGGUUAUUCCAAGAAUAUGUUAGAAAGUGUGCUGACAACAACUUCAAACAAAAUACCAAUGAUGUCAUUUAUCUGUGGACCCAUUAUUCAAUAUUUAAGUCACUGGCAAGAUAUUUACUUUUACAUGUGGGCUUCGUAAAUAUGAAAAGAAGGUUGCAAUAUUUUUUACUUUUUGUAUUUCCAUUUUGAGGUUACAGGUUACUUUUUAAGCUAAAUGGAUGUGGUUGAAGUAAUAAUAAAACGUAACAAAAAAAAUUGUAGAAAUAAGUAUAAGAGAACACAAUUUAUUCAUACUACUGGAAAACUCAAGGAAAAAUGUCAAAUAUAUAGAUAAAGAACACAAUAUUUAUGUUUCCUUAUAUUAGUGUAACUGCUAUUGGACACAGAACUUAUACAUUCACAAACAUUGUGAUAUUCCAUUAAGAUAUACCAUUGUUAUAUGAUAUGGGAAUAGAAUUUAUAGUUUUGCGAGUAUAAUGUAAGAUUGUACCAAUUUUUUACAUCUUAGUAAUUAAGUAUACUGAACAUAUACUAUUUUAUUGGACAUAAAUUAUUGAUUUUUGAACACAUCUACUAGAUGUAUUUUUCAUAUGAGGUUAAAAUAAAAAUCAAACAUCA